ACCUCCGGCCACCACUCUUUAUCAGACCUCGCCGCCGCACAUAGAAAAUAUGGCUGACAUGGAUGUUGAUGUCCCCGACGAGAUUGAGCCCAAGGUCAAGGGAAAGGCCGGCGAGGACAGCAAGGGCGGCAAGAAGCGAUUCGAGGUCAAGAAGUGGAACGCUGUAGCGUUAUGGGCAUGGGAUAUCGUCGUCGACAACUGCGCCAUCUGCAGGAAUCACAUCAUGGACCUCUGUAUUGAGUGCCAAGCGAACCAGGUAUCCGCCACUAACGACGAGUGUAAUGCCGCAUGGGGGAUUUGUAAUCACGCCUUUCACUUCCAUUGCAUCUCUCGAUGGCUCAAAACCCGUAACGUAUGUCCUCUGGACAAUCGGGAGUGGGAGCUGCAGAAAUACGGCCGAUAGACCUUGUCUCGUUUGUUUUGCAUGUUGUAUGAUAUCCGAUUCCGGUCUGAUUACAAUUAACACGGCGCUUCACAUGACUGUCGCUCAUCACCGGACGUCUACGCAUAC